AUGACAACUAAUCAAUCUGGGGACACGUCACCCGGCGGAAGCAAUUCCAUCUCAAACUCAUCUGUUAGAACGACGAGAACUAGUGAGGACGAAGAAGGACAAGUUGCUCCACAUAAUGCCUUUCAUUUGGAUUGCUGUUCUAGUCCGGAACCUCAGGAACAAGAUGAGGAGAGUGAUGGACAAUGUUGCGAUGAGGAAGAAGCUCUUUCUAGACUUGCUGUAGCUUCUGGAUUGCGUGAUCCAUCUGUCGGCGUCCAAACUGAAUACAACGAUGAAUUUCCUCCUCUAAGAUUCCUUCGCGCUCUAGGCGAAGAUCCUUCAGGAUUUAUUCAACAGCAACAGGCAUUUUACUUUACUGGCAGCUCAGAUGUUGUGCCUGCCUCAUUAUUACAUCUUCAACAACCUUCUCAACAAAAUAAUAAUAAUAAUCAUCCUCUUCCUUCUCAACUGCCAAUACCUACACUCUCUGCUGCAGCAAAUCAGCAAACGACAAAUACUGCUUCAAAUACUGCGAUAAAUGCGGCAUCAGCUGCGUCUGUGACGAUGGACGCGAGUUCAAGUUGUUCUGAUGGAACGUUACAACUAGUAAUCCAAAAUUUUCGUCACAUGUCUGAUACUGUAAGAGGGCCGUGCAAAUAUAUACAGACAGUGCCUUGGCGCAUUAUGGUGAUGCCGCGACAACAUGUAGUGCAGAAGAAGGGAACUCAAAAGUGCCUUGGAUUUUUUCUUCAAUGUUGUCCUGAUGCAUAUUCUGAAUCAUGGUCUUGUCAAGCAUCGGCAGAAUUAAGGCUCAUAUCUCAAAAAGCUGGCAUUCCAAAUUUCAUCAGGAAAACAAAUCAUGUUUAUACCGCAAAGGAAAAUGAUUGGGGAUAUUCUUGUUUUAUGACUUGGGCGGACAUUUUGGAUGAGUCUCAGGGUUAUAUAAAAGACGACAAAGUUACCUUAGAAGUUCAAGUCAAAGCUGAUCCUCCCAAAAAUAUUUUAACGCACUCAGAGUUUAAAAAGAAAAUUCAAGAUUAUAAGCGAUUAGCAGACUUACAAUGUCAACGUGGACUAAUAGACAAAGCAAUUGAUUGUAACACUCAAGCGUUGAAAUUUUGUAAAGAUAAAGACCCUCAAUGCAAAAUUGAAUUGGAAACACAAAAAGCACAUUUGAUAGAUAUGAAAUUGAAACAAUCAAUUCAACGAAUUGAAAAAGGUGGAGAUUUAUCAAAAAUUGACGAUGAUUCUACAACAAAUUUAAAUGCAUUAAGACAAGCCAUGGGUACAACAACACGUUGUAGUGGUGGUAAUGCAUCAUCAAAAGCAACAAAAAAUAAAUCAACAAAUACAAAAGAUGCAAAUACAAUAACAACAAAUAAUUCUACAAAUGUUGAUAAUGGAAUAAUUACGGAUAAAAAACAACAAGAAAAACAACAACGUGGUGGAACACCUCCAUUUACUUCACCAAAUAAAGAAGAAAAAUUACAAACAACUCCAAAUAAAAAAAUUGAUAAAACAUCAAAAUCUGUUGAACCGAAUAAUGAGGAGAACAAUAAAAAGAAUAUUUGUAAACAAGAUGGAAAACAAGGAGGAGGAGGAACUAAAAAACGUCUUUAUAAAUCGGCGUCAACAAAUGAAUUGGGAGCUGUUGGAGCAAUUUGUAAAGAAGAAUUUGACUUUAUCAAGGACCGUUAUCAAGAAGAAGAGGACCUUUUGCCUGAUCAAAUUAAACAUUUUCUUAAACAUCUUUCUGAAGGAGACAAGGACUCGAAUCGUUUAAAAGAGCAAAUUGCCAAACUUGAAUUAAUUGCUUCACCUUUUGAGAAGCCAGAUCCUCUCUUGUUGGAAGGAAUUAUGAAACUUAGUCCCGAGGAGGCGGAUAAAGCGCUUGUUAAAGCUAUCACAUUUUACGCACUUGAACGUGAAAAUGAUCGUGAUCGUGGAUCUAUUAAUGACUCGAAUCAAUUGGAUCGUUUAGAAACUGUAAUUCGAAAUAAAUUUUGUGAAUCUUGUCUUCACGAGGGGCAUUUACAACUUGGAAAACGUGAAACAUCUGAAUCUGGAUGUCAAACUGAAUUUGCUCGGAGAAUUCCUAGAGAAGGUUUGUGUAUUUAUUCACAAUAUUUUUUAAUUUUUAAACUUUUAUUUUGGGUUUAUUGA